AUUCAUUCUUACAAUAACCACUAUAAUUACUGCUACGCCCAAUUCAUUCUUACAUAACUUUUCCUGUCGCCGUUCUGCGGUUGUCUUCUUCUGAGUUCUGACCUCCCAAAAGCACGUCGACGAAUUAAGAUGAAAGUGAAAAAGCAGACGCGCCAUCGUAAUUUUCUGCAACAUUUGCUUGCCCGUCAAAUAACACCGGCUUGUUUUGGUUUUUAUAAGGUUCUAUGUGAUGGCAUGUUUAUGCACCAUUUGCUUGUCUAUAAAAUGACACCGGCUCAUACUGCUCUUGCCAAUACUCUUGGUGCUCCAGUGAGACUUUUCACUACCAGAUGUGUCGUUGAAGAGUUGAAGAGCUCAAAGUUGAAGAGAAUCCUUCGACACACCUAUCCUAUGACACUCGAUGCAGCUAGUAGCCUUUUAACUGUAAGAUGUGAUCAUGAGAUACCCAUCGAUGGUGGAAGUUGCGUACGUGAAGUCGUUGAGAGAAACAAUCUGGAGAACUUUUAUGUUGCUUCACGGGAUCCUUAUGUACUGGAAGGGCUUCGGCAGAUAUAUGGAGUUUCUAUUAUAUAUCCAGUUGGGAAAGCUUUAUUUCUCGAACGAGUGACUGACAUAGAGAAAAAGAGGAAAUGCUCUGAUGAUGAAUGGUCUGAUUAUGAAUGGUCUGAUGAUGAAUUGUCUGAUGAAGGAGCAAGUGAAGAAGAGGAAGGUCAUGGCUUAGAGGUCCAGAAUGUGAAAAAAAAGAAAAAAGAAUAGAAACCAAGAACCUGAAUCCACUUUCUCUCAAGAAGAAGAAAAAGUCUUCAGCUGAAUCAGAAAAAAGGAAACCAAGAAAAAUGAUGGUGAGAACUAGAAAAAAGGAAUAAAAAGUAUUGGCCGAGAGGAGGGGAGUGGAUAGAGAUAUCUGGCAAUAAGGGACGAAAGGAUGUAUAUGAUAAAAAAGGAAAGUAUUUAAUUUUUUUUUUUUUGAGAAUAGAAAGUAUUUAAAUUUUGUAAAUGAAAAACGAAAAUUAUUUUCAAAAACAACAUAGGUGGUGAAAGUUUUGGAUAAAACAAGUUUGGCAUAUGUGCAAGAUUUUUGCUUAUUGUCGUUUUUUUUUUUUCA